AUGGCGGACCAAAUUUCCAACGGCAUGGGCAACCUGUCCCUCGACUCGGGUGCGCCGCCCCCGACACGCUCCUACAUUCCCCCGCACAUGCGAAGCAAGAUGGCUGCUGGCGCCAAUGGUCCGGCCCCGAAUCCGAGCAUGAACGGCCCUCCGGGCCCUCCUGGUCCUCCUGGCCCCAUGGGCGGCCUCAACAACAGUGCUUGGGCUGGAAACAACAACUAUGACGCCCGCGGCGGCGGAAAUUGGCCGGCGCCCGGCGGUUACGACGCUGCCCCUCCUCAGCCUUGGGGAAAUCGCCAGGGCGGCGGCGGCUUCAACCGCAGCUCAUAUCGCGGCCCGAAUGCGGGCGGUAAUGUGGGUGGUGGCGGCGGCGGCGGCGGUGGCCGCGGUGAGGGUCGAUGGGUCGACGGCAAGCACAUUAUUGGCGCCCCCGACCCGCGCCUGGAGCGCGAUCUUUUCGGAACUGCAGAUGACCCGAGCAAGCAGCAUACGGGCAUCAAUUUCGAGAAGUACGACGACAUUCCGGUCACGCCUUCCGGCCAUGAUGUUCCGGAGCCGGUUCUGACCUUCAGCAACCCUCCGCUGGACCCCCAUCUGCUGUCCAACAUUGAGCUCGCCCGCUACAAGAUCCCCACGCCGGUCCAGAAGUACUCAAUUCCCAUCGUCAUCAACGGACGGGACCUUAUGGCUUGCGCCCAGACUGGUUCUGGCAAGACGGGUGGUUUCCUGUUCCCCAUUCUCCACCAGUCGUUCACUCAGGGACCCUCCCCUGUCCCUGUCCAGGGCGGCGGCGGUUAUGGUCGUCAGCGCAAGGCUUACCCCACUGCCUUGAUCCUCGCUCCGACCCGUGAACUCGUUUCCCAGAUUUACGACGAAGCCAGGAAGUUCGCGUAUCGCUCUUGGGUCCGCCCUUGCGUUGUCUACGGCGGUGCCGAUAUCGGGUCCCAGCUCCGUCAGAUCGAGCGUGGCUGUGAUCUUUUGGUUGCAACCCCGGGUAGACUGGUCGACCUCAUAGAGCGUGGUCGCAUCUCCCUCUGCAACAUCAAGUAUCUCGUAUUGGACGAGGCCGAUCGUAUGCUUGACAUGGGUUUCGAACCCCAGAUUCGUCGCAUCGUCCAGGGUGAGGACAUGCCCCCUACUGGCCAGCGCCAAACGCUCAUGUUCUCGGCCACCUUCCCACGCGACAUCCAGAUGCUCGCGCAGGAUUUUCUUAACGACUACGUCUUCCUGUCCGUGGGUCGUGUUGGUUCCACCUCGGAGAACAUUACGCAGAAGGUUGAGUAUGUCGAGGACAUCGACAAGCGCUCCGUCCUUCUUGACAUCCUGCACACCCACGGUGCCGGCCUCACUCUCAUUUUCGUCGAGACGAAGCGCAUGGCCGAUUCGCUGUCGGAUUUUCUGAUCAACCAGAACUUCCCUGCCACCUCGAUUCAUGGUGACCGCACUCAGCGCGAGCGUGAGCGUGCUCUUGAGCUGUUCCGCAACGGCAAGUGCCCGAUCCUUGUUGCCACUGCCGUCGCUGCUCGCGGUUUGGACAUUCCGAACGUUACUCACGUCAUCAACUAUGACCUGCCUACCGACAUUGAUGACUAUGUUCAUCGCAUCGGCCGUACUGGCCGUGCCGGCAACACCGGUAUCGCCACCGCCUUCUUCAAUCGUGGCAACCGUGGUGUUGUCCGUGAGUUGAUUGACCUGCUUAAGGAAGCCAACCAGGAGGUUCCUGGCUUCCUCGAGACCAUUGCCCGCGAGUCCUCGUUUGGCGGUGGACGCGGUGGACGCGGCGGUGGUGGUCGCGGCCGUGGACGUGGUGGUAACACUGAUUUCCGCAAGUACGGCGGCGGUGGUGGUGGUGGCGGCGGUGGCGGCUUUGGCGGCGGCUUCGGUGGCCCCCAGCACAACUCCGGUGGUGGUUUCGGAGGCGGCUACGGCGGUGCGCCUCCUCCCAGCAGUGGUUAUGGCGGCGGCUAUGGCGGUGGUUAUGGUGGAAGUUACGGCAACCCUGGCGGUGCUGGUGGCCAGUCUUGGUGGUAG